AUGGCAAUCACAGCUGUGAUUAUUUUUUUCAUCAGUCUAUUAGUGCUUCAGGCUUCUUCGGUUGAGUUCCUGGAUCCUGAAUGUUCGGCCUCUCCUGCUACCCCCAGGAUAUUAAAUGGACGUCCGGCAGACACACUAAGCAAUCAAUGGUUGGUGUUUCUCCAAAAUGAAGUGACAGAAAAUUCUUUUACAUUCUGUGGCGGUUCGCUGAUCACAAAUCGUUUUGUGUUGAGUGCGGCACAUUGCAAGGGCGAAUUGAACAUGUAUGCGAUUCUCGGUGAAUACAAUAUAAGUAGGAUUUUUGAAACUAAAAAUAAAGUUCUUGUGGACUCCAAAAUCCUCCACCCCGACUAUAAUAGUACUGAGAUUAAGCAUGAUAUUGCCCUUUUCAGAUUGUCUCGUCGAGUGGAGUACACUUACUUUAUACGACCUGUCUGUUUGCCAAUGAACUACGAUGGUCUGAAUAUUGUCUUCAAUUUAAAUGUAACCGGAUGGGGUCACACGGGACAUGAAUCAAUAAGCCCUGUUUUGAAGACGGCCACUGUCCACGUACAUCACAGAUCGAUUUGUUACCGCUUGGGACAAAUAGACGAGUCCCAAUUAUGUGUUGGACCCGUUGAUGGCAAUACCUGCAAGGGAGACUCGGGCGGACCACUUACUAGUCUGUUUAAUUUUCGAGGCACAAUUGUGACAGUUCAGAUAGGAAUAGUAAGUUAUGGAUGGGUUGGAUGCCAAGGUUUAUCUGUCCACAAUCAUGUCUAUUACUACAUGAACUGGAUAUCGGGAAUUGUUCGCCAACAUGAUGAAGAGGUUACACAAAAAGAUAAAGACUAUUGGGACUAAUCGGGAAUUUGUCCUUUUUCAACCAAAAAUAGCUUAGAGAACCUA